UUGAGGUAGCCAUUAGUAGUCAAAAUAAUGACAUUGCUCGUUUAUGUGCCUCCACUGCUUUCAUGAGACUUGCCUUUACCCAACUUGCAUGUUGUCUUUAUCAGCUAGAGACUCUCAUGAUCAAUACUCAAGUAGCGGUUAGUAUUUAUGCUUUAUUUUCUUAUGAUGAUAUGUUGUUUUUCUUUUCUUUUUGUUUCGUUUGAUUAUGUAGUUACUCACUCUCUUUUUUGGCUCUCAGGAGUACAAUAAGGAUUACACCUUUCCUAUAUUACCAAAUCUCAAGCAUUUGGAGUUAACGGUCGAAGGAGAUUACAAGUUGAGUCUUAGCCAAUUAUCGUCUUUUAUGAAGGCAUCUCCUUACUUACAGAGACUUGCGUUGAAGCUGCGAUUCUGGGAGAACCCUUUUAAUGAGGGGAGAAAAAUAAAGAAAGCUGUCAAAUGGCCCCACCAUUACAUCAAGGUAGUAGAAGUGUUAGGGUAUUGUGAUCGUACCAAUGCUCUUGAACAUGUCACGUUCUUGAUGGAGAAUGUUGUUGCUCUCGAAAAACUUGUUAUUGUUCCUUAUUGGUCGUGGGAUUGUCAUCAUAGCGGAUCAGAAUCAGGAAAGAAAGAAAGGAAGAAGGAAGCAAAGGCAAGACGUCAUGCUAAUAUGCACCUUAAAAAUAGGGUUCCUUCAACAGUAGAAUUUGUUUGCUUGAAAUAAGUCAGGAAAUUCUUCACUCAUAUUCUUUGCAACUUCAAGUGGCUACGAAACUUCAUAGUAUGAAACUUUUUAUCUAAUUUGAUGUCGUGUGAAUUGGUCUACUAGUUUGU